UAUCCUCAAUUACUUGCAGCCAUGUGUGUGAUUUCUGAAGAAAUGAUUACUCAGUUUGAAGCUUUAAUGGAGCAAAUUGAUGAAGCACUUAAAACUACUUUUAAGAAUGUUCAUCAAGGCUGUCCAAGGGACACAUAUCUGCGCUUCCUAACAGCAAGAGAGGGAAAUGUUGAAAAGGCCCAUACAAUGUUGGUUGAUUCUUUGUCGUGGAGGAUCAAAAAUGAGAUCGAUGAUAUUUUAGCGAAACCUAUUAUUCCUACUGAACGUUACAGAGCAAUUCGUGAUUCUCAACUAAUAGGACUGCCAGGUUACACAAGAGAGGGCCUUCCAGUAUUCGCUUUUGGUGCAGGUCUCAGCACAUUUGACAAAGCAUCUGUCCAUUAUUAUGUGCAAUCACACAUUCAGAUCAAUGAAUAUCGCGAUCGGGUGGUUCUGCCUGCUGCAACUAAGAUGUACGGGAAACACAUCAACAAAUCUCUGAAGGUUUUAGAUAUGACCGGCUUGAAACUUUCAGCUCUAAACCAAAUAAAGCUAUUGACUAUAAUUUCCUCCAUCGAUGACCUAAAUUACCCGGAGAAGGUAGUCGCAUACUACAUUGUGAAUGCUCCCUAUAUCUUUUCAGCUUGUUGGAAGGUCGUCAAGCCUCUUCUGCAGGAGAGAACCAGAAAAAAGGUUCAGGUUUUAUCAGGUCGUGGAAAGGAUGAUCUAUUGAAGAUCAUGGACUAUUCGUCGCUCCCCCAUUUUUGCCGGAGAGAAGGUUCUGGAUCUUCCAGAUACUCAGGCAGCUCGAAUGAAAAUUGUUAUUCCUUGGAUCAUCCGUUCCACCAGAAACUUUAUGAUUACAUAAAGCAGCAGGCAUUGCUUCGUAGACCUGUUCGACAGGGCUCUGUCCAUGUGGACUUUCCUGAUGCUGUCACCGAGGGGACUGAGUUUGUUCAAACGUUGGCAUCAGAAUUUCAAAAAUUUGGGAAGCAAAAUGGUCUUGCUCAAUCAUUAGAUGACCUUAAUAUUGAUGAUCAUCGAGCAUAGAAAGUUCAGGUCCAAUAACAUUCUAAAAUAAGAGUUUGGAUCCUUAUGCACUUUACUAUCUAACAAUUCUGGAUCCUCAUGCAAGUAUAGUAUUAAUAGCUCAUGCAGUAUAUCAGAGGGUUUCCUUUUAAUUAGAUAGGCGAUACGUGAUUGACAUUUAUUGUUGUUAUGUUAGAUGUACAUAGAGGUAUAUGUUGCUCGAGCUCUUGUAGGAGCUCUUAUUAGUUAUCACAUAUAUUAAUAAACUAUUUAUCCAUCCCUGAUGCUGACCCUUCUGUGUAUUCCCUUAUGAUAUAAAUAAUGUCCAGCGCAAUCCUGAAAGCUGGUUGAUGAUCCGUA